CGUAGCCCGAAUAUGUGGUUCCCUGGACGUUUUUCACUUCUGAGGAAUUUAUUCAUGUGCUACUGCACUGCAUUGACGUGACAGUAAUUGUCGAGAAAGCAUAAUUAUAUUAGUGAGCAGAUUGGGGGGAGCCGAGAGUAUUACCCUAUAUGUACAGACGGUCCCGGGGUACAAACGUCACGAGCUUGGUAGAUACGGCGGCACAUUGUAGCUCUUUCCUCGUCACGUCCAGGGCAGGGGGGGCUGGCUGCAAGAGCUGCUGUGUUUCCGACCUUGAUCUGCCAACGCUAGGAGAGAGCCCAGCUCCGUUGUCUCCGCUGCAGGCGUAACCAGUUUCUCGUUGCACUCGUGACGGUGGCGUGAGAGUGAGAGAGCGAGAGAGAGAGAGAUAUAGCCAGGUGAUUGAGGGUUCAGCGUGGAGUGUUGGCUGGAUGUGACAUUGCUUCGGGGUUUGUGGCUGCAGGCUACUCUCGGAGUUGAGUAUUCAAUGCAGUUUGGAGCAGGAGUGGGAGGGAGGGAGGAAGUGAGAGCGGCGACGGGUGGCGGUGGUGUUACGCAUCAGACUACAGCUUUUUUGAACAGCGUUCUGGUCGCCGAGCUCUAGGGACAGGGUAUCAUGUGGUUAGAGUGAGCCUUGAUGUGCCAGGGAAAGGCGUGCCUUUUGAGACGAUUCGGUCGAGGUUUCUAGUCACUGAAGCUGCGGGGGUGCGGUGAGAUGUCGAGUAAUCGGGGUUGGAAUUGGAAACUUGUGAAGGCGGUAGGGCGUGGGGAUGCAGCACCCUGAAUUAUGUCUCUAUGUGCCGGUAGCUGAUGACGUUGACGCUCGCGUAGAUGAAGGCCGGAAGGAGUGCUAAAGUUAUUGCUGUCUUAUGGAGAGAGGGAGUGCCGGUGACGUUACGUUGUUGCCAUUGCGAGUGAAGUCGCUGUGGUUUGCCUGAAAGCGCCUUUCAGUGUGGCUAGUGCAUUAUUUGGGCGACGAUUGAUUAUUUCAGCGUCUUGUAAAGCAGAGUUCUUCGAUGAGUGAAAGGAUUCGAAGUUUUGAGAAGUUGGGGAUAAUCUGACGGGGUAGUGCGCGCUUGAGACUAGAGUCUGGAUUGAUGGUAGUGGUGCUGUGGUGUCUCGACUAUUCUGCCCUGCAGCCAGCAAAUCGUCGAUUGGGCUGGGCAGGGUGCUGCUCUGCUGCGUAUGGUUCUGAAGCAGUUCGGUGGGACUACUUCUGCAAAUCGUCCACAAAUGUGUAGAUUGAGUUUGGGGCGUUACUACUUAGCUGUGCUCCAUAAGUCCUCUUGGAUAGAUCGUUGGCGAUUGCUGGAGGUCUGCAUAGUGUCAGGAGAUUAUGACCAGAAGGCCAGGAAAGGCUCCGCAACCAUGCUCCCCAUCAGCAACUGAAAAAUCCACCCCACGGACGCACCUCAAGCGCCACUUACAUUUGACAAACAACAUUCACGUGAAGAAUCACAUCCACAUGCAGAAGAAUCACAAUCGAAUGUUGGAUCCUCGGCGCACCCCUCAGCUUCCUCUGAGGAGGGAGCUGACCGCAGUGAAGAAGGUGAAGUCCCUGCAAGACCCUUCCACAAGCUCCUCUUUUAGUCCUGUCUCGGCGAGCAGCUCUGUCACCACACGGCAUGAGAGCAGGGCACCGAAUUGUGGAGCACAUUUAGAUGCAUUGCAACUGCAGGAGAAAGCCCGGCGUCCACCGCGGCGAAGCAAGGCUAGGGAUCAAGGCGCUGAAGAGGUGGAAAUCAAUCAUGCACACAGCCGGGAAUGCAAUAGAAGCCGUAAUACAGAAAACAAGAAUGCUUCUCAACCCUGGGAUGGGGAACUUGGAAUUGGUGAACAAAUGGGCAGUGCGAGGGACUCGAGGGGGAGAAGAAGAGAUACCGAUGAGUAUGCCGCAUUGGCGCAAUGGAGUGAUCGCAACCGUGAUCAUCAUCUGUUCUCGAAGGCCCAACAACACAGAGAACCAUCGCCAUGGAGCGCUGGCUACAGAAUGGAGGAAAGAUGGAAGGGAGAUGCAGAGGAAAUUGCGAGAAGGCUAAUCGCGGAGCAGAACGGGCAAAUGUCAUCUCCUGCACAUUCUUACAUGUCUAGUCUAGCAAGAGCACACGGAUUAUCGCUACUUGGAUUUCGUGACGACAUCACCACUUCUGAGGCGGAGGGUAGUUUCCCCGACAGCGAAGAUGGCGAGGCCUCCGGGAUGAUGGCUUGCGAGCAGGUGGGCAUUCCGUCGCCGCAUCUUUCAAACUCGGCGGGAUCACCACUGGUGCGAGCGCACAGAAAUCGGCGGCGUCCCAAAGAUGUCAACGGAAAUAGCAGCCUUAGGGUUGGAUUACACUCCCGAGGGCGAAUGCCAGCCCGACGGUCAAUGCAAAGCUACAAGGAAGCACCUGUGGUUCCAACCAUGUCCGAUGAGCUCGAUGUUUCCGAGAUCCCUCAAAAUGGAUGUGGCAUGCCGUGGUAUUGGACUUCUGGGUCAAAUAAGUACAAGGGCAAAAGCCUGCUCGACUAUGCAGGCAUCGGUCUUACAUGUGCAUUCCCCGAGACUGCAAAGAAGAAGCUAGGUGAUUCAAAGCAAGUCUCCAGAGCGAGCUCCCGACAUGGCUCACAGCGCGACCUCCAGGUUCCAAUUGAUCCAGAAAACCAUGGCAUUCCACUACUCAAUGGAGGCGAACUAUCCACUGAUGAGAUUGACGAGCAUGACGUGGUAAGGUACGAGCACCGAGAUGUGCCGGCACGAGAAACGCCCGCUUCUGUUCGUCUGUCGGGGGAGAAAUGCCUGGGUCAGGGAGCUGAGGUUAGCAAUAGCAAGACAGCAUUUACACAUCGGAGCAUGAGCCAGAAGUACCGCCCGAAGUCGUUCAAAGACAUGGUUGGGCAGACCUUGGUGGUGAAAUCCUUGACGACAGCCAUCACGAAAGGGAAAGUGGCUCCCGUGUACCUCUUCGCUGGUCCGCGUGGAUCAGGGAAAACAACAUGUGCGCGAGUUUUCGCCGCGGCGUUGGUUUGCCUUAACACAGAACCGCACCGUCGACCAUGUGGCUUGUGUCGGGAGUGUGCAACCAUGACUCUCAACCGAAGCAGGGACGUGAAAGAGAUUGAUGUUUCGACCUGCCCCGAUCUCGACCACAUGAGGUUGUUGCUGAACCUCCCGUCCUCGAAUGGGCGGCAGCAAGUGUUCAUCUUAGAGGGAUGCGAUUUCCUCAAUACUGAGCUUUGGACCGCUUUCCUCAAGUUUUUGGAUGAUCCACCAAGGAAUGUCGUCUUCAUCCUCAUCACCACUAAUCUCGAGCGGCUUCCAUUGUCAGCUACUUCCAGGUGCCAGAAGUACCACUUCGGAAAACUGAAAGAGUCGGAGAUCAUGACUCGGCUUCAGGGACUUGCUGAGAAGGAACAUCUCGAUAUUGAUGAGGCGGCACUGUUUUUAAUUGCGUCAAGAGCUGAAGGCUCACUUCGGGAUGCCGAAAUGAUGCUCGAUCAGCUCAGUCUGUUGGAUCAAACCAUCACUCUCGCCAUGGUCCAAGAACUUUCAGGGCUGAUUCCAGAGGAGAAGCUCAUCAACCUGCUCGACAUGGCGUUGGCAGCUGACACGGUGAACACUGUGAAAGGCAUGCGGGAACUUCUGGAUGCUGGAGUCGAUGCGUUAUCUCUGGUGGCCCAGCUUGCUUCCCUCAUCGCUAACAUCCUUGCUGGAGCUAUCGAUCUUCGUCGGGAGACUCGCAAGAAGGGCUUCUUCUACCGCAACAUGCCAAGGAGGGAGGAGCAGCAACGUUUGCGGCAAGCCUUGAAAGUACUUGCGGAAUGUGAGAAACAGCUGCGAGCCUCCAACGACAGGCCGACUUGGCUGACUGCCGCCCUCUUGCAAUUCGCUCCUGACCGCUCCUAUCUCCCUUCUUCCGUGGACACAAGCAUGGCCCCAAGCCCAAUUGCCUUUGACACCUUUGAGAGGGUUCCGCCCGGAGAGCCAUGCACCCCUCGACUCCCACCACCGCAACCAGCCAGCGAGUCAAGAUCUUCAAGAAAACAUUCUCAGCAGGUACCGAACGAUGUUUCUUCAGCGUUGUCACAACCUGUUCAUGGUCAUAGAGACAAGGAUAAGGCCCCGGUUUCGGCUUCUCCGACUGGAAAACCGAAGGGGCCUCCAACUGGGAACCAACUUCAAUCAAAGGUGCAUCACGCUGCAACAGAGUCUGCAAUGGACCAGGCAGACGAUACGAGCCUUCGUUCCGCAAGCUCCCUUGUGCUGUUUGAUCCUUCCCAAGCGGUUGGAAGUCGCGACUUCCGGAUGCUCACCCGUCGUGACAUGGAGGAUAUUUGGGGCAAGGUGCUGGAUGGGUGUCGCUCUAACGUCUUGCGACAGCUUUUGUCUUCGCAAGGGACUCUCAUGGCGCUGUCUGUGGCCAGAGACGAAACAUUUGCGGUUGCACAUGUGGAGUUUCGAAGUCCCGGGCACAAAGCUCGAGCAGAGCGUCUCCGGAGCAGCACCUGCCACGCGUUUCAGAUGGCACUCGGCUGCCCUGUGGAGCUCAAAUUGAGCCUUGAGUGCCCCCCUAGCGUGGUCCUCGAGGAGAUCAAAGCAUCGCACAUUGCAGCGCAGUCCGAGCCAUCCACAAGCGAGGUAAAGCAUUCUGGACGAGCGAAGGAUCAUGUUUUUAUUGUAGAGAAUGUCUCAUCUGUGGAGAGCCCCCCUCUGACUCAGUCACGGCAAAGGCGGAGGAAACCCAAGAGUAGACAGGAAUUGCUCACUGGUUUGGCAGCUCGGUCCCGUCGACUAGGAGAUACUGGAGCAGGGCUAGGAUCGGAUUCCCGUGGCAGCAUUAAGUAUUGCUUUCCCAUCGAAGCUAGCACAUCCUGUCGGCACAGAUUGGGAAGACGACCAUCUCUCAACAGAGAGACCAGUGGGCGGCGGGAUAUUCUAGAUGGACAAGGCGUGAAGGUGAAGUGGAAGUAUCCCAAGUUCAAAGGCAUAGCAAAUCUGGAGCGCAAAAAUAGGAAGCUGGAUCCACGGCGCAAACGAGCGAGGGCUGCCCUUUGCUGGCAAUCGCCAAUCUCUGAACAGGGGCAGCAGAGAGAGCAGGAGCAACCUCAGACACCUCCAGAACACAGCCGUAAGGUGACUUUCUUCCUUCGGUUCGUGCCAUGCGGAAGAUCAACACAGACCCAUGAGUCUCCGGGCAGACCAUAAGUUCUCUCUAUCCUCAGAGCUCAGAGUUAUGGCACAUUCCAAGCUUCCAAUGCUCUGUGACCAACAUUCUCGAUUCCAGCAACAAGUCAAUCAGACAAUCAAAAACCGUGCGCAUUAGUCUGAGUUUUUUUCUAAUUCAAUAUGCGGCAUUGCAUUGGAUGCAUGUCUCUCAACCCUCUGUUGCAAAUCGUGAGGUGAGUCAAAAGUCCAGAUAAAAUGUGACCAGAGAGGAAAGUAAAGACUACACCAAAUGAAAGCUGCCUGUCUGGGGGUCAUGACACAAGCUGGACUCAUGCUCCGUUUUCAUCCCAGAGUUCCAUUUCCUGAGACUAUUGAUCAAAGAAUCAUCAAUAUUUUGCUAAAUCAGCGAGCUGAACGAUCGUUUACGUGUGUCGUGGGCGGUGGUUCCAAAUGGCAUAUAAUGGAAAACCCUGUCUCCCAGUUUUCCAGGUAUCCUCUGUUUGGGAAUAGCUCUAGCUUUUCUCCACGCCUUGCUGAGUUAACUUGUCCAGGCCGUCUCCAACCAGUUUCCACAACAGAGUGACGCUGGAACAGCCAAUGACCCAAGAAUGCAGACCUGCUAAUGCUCUGAUCCAGAUCCUGCAAGACCUCCAUCGAAGGAAUCACUGAAAGAAUACAAGUCUGGAAGUUUUUUAGGGUUUUAGCAACCACCUGUUGCGCACCCCUCAAGGUGGUGUGAAGUAGGGUAGCGUGGUGACCGAUGUCAGUGUGGAUGGAUGGAUGGCAGCAACAAAAGCAGCGAUUACUCCACGCUGAGCAGUUAUUCAUGGUACAUACAACAUUUUUUUUUUUUUUUUUUUUUUUUUUUCCCUCUCAAUUGAAGUGAUGCAACGAUGGGCACUGCUUGAAAGCCAUGAAAUGAUAGCGCCUGGAUUAAUGUUUACACACAUCAUACCCAUGAUUAUGGUUUGAAUUAGUGCUAAGUCCUAUUCAAUAAGGAUUGCUGAGUUUAACUUUUCUCUCUCAGUGUAGGUAAACUUCACGCUAAGAAUGCAAAGCAUUGUCAAAAACCUUGUUGCUUCAACCACUUCUGACAACCCAAUUUGGUGUUUUUCCACUGUUUGCCACAUCCAUAUCUCACCAACUUGUAUCAGAUCUGCAACUGUAAUAUGUGUAAUUUGUGAAGUAAUGCGUAAGUUUAGGCAGCAGCAUGGAAUCAGCCAUGAAUAGUGGUUGUGGUGAGAGAAGGAAAGACUGUUUUCAGGUUGAAGAAAAAGAUAAUGUUCAACUUGGUUGUCACACCUUUUUGUUUUGAAA